GUUUUGUGUUACACAAUUUCAUAAGAGACGAACAACAAACUGAUCAACUUUUAGAAGUUCAAGACUUAGAAUUUUUAUCUGUUGUUGAUGAAGAGUUAGUCCAUCAAUCAAGGGAAGAAGUUCAAAAUAAUGUCAUAGAUGAUAUCACAACUAUUCAAGCUACUGAGGAAUGGACAAGAUUUCGAGAUACAUUAGCUAUGAAUAUGUUUGCUAACUAUCAAGUUAGGAGAAACUUUGCUUAAGGAUAGUUCUUUUUAAAUGUAAUUUGCUAUUGCUGACAAACUUUGUGUGCUUUGUUACUAUUGUACUUUUCUAUUGAAGAUAGACUUUUAUGUACUUUGCUAUUGCAUAAAAACUUUGCUUGAAAUAUUUUCUAUGAUUGUGCAGUGAACUAGUCAAAUGAAUAAAGUAGGUCAUAUCUACUAUUUGUUAUGUGCAGGUUGAAUAAGUGACAUUAACUUCAAUGGAGUCGUCUAAUGAAAAAAUGACGGACAAAAGAAAAGUUUUAGGAAAAAAUAAUGAGGAAACAAGAAGUUAUUUUACAUGGAAUUUGGAAAUGGAACGUGUAUUGGCUGAUGUACUUAGAGAUCAAAGGAAUUUGGGCAACAAGGGUGACGGAGGUUGGAAAAGGUCAGCAUUGAAUGCUGCAGCCGCAGUGUUAUCUACAAGCUUCAAUGUUAAUGUCACAUCAGAUAAUGUCAAAAAUCGUAUCAAAUUAUGGAGAUCAUGGUAUGGUAUUGUAAGUGACAUCCUUGGCCAGAGUGGAUUUGAUUGGGAUGACACUAAGCACAUGAUCACAGUUGAGAAUGAAAAUGCUUGGAAUGAAUAUUGCACUUCGCAUAAAUCGGCUAAACCGUUUCGAUUCAAGGUGCUUCAAAAUUGGGAUGAUAUAGUGGAUUUGUGUGCUAAAGAUAGAGCCACCGGUCAUGGAGCUGAAACUGCUAUGGAUGCUGAUGAAGCGAUGAGUAGAGAAACAAAUGAAGUGGAAUUCAUGGGGUUAGGUGCUACUGCCAUAGAUUUAGAAGAACCAAGCUCUAAUACAAAAGGAAAAAGACAAUGUUCGACUUCUUCUGGCACACAUCCUCACAAGAGAAAGAUGGGAGAAAAAGAAGGAAUAACAGCUUCUUUGGAUAAAAUGGUGAACUCUUUUAACCGAAUGGUGGAAAAAAUGGAUGGUAAAGUUGAUGAUGAAGAUAUUCAAGAAGUAUUACGUGAGGCAGCUUUGAUACCAGAUCUUAGUAGACAACAAUGGGCUAAAGCUAUUAAAUGGUUAGCUGACGAUCCAAAGCAGUUAGCUAUUGUGAAAGCCUUUCCAAUUCACCAAAAGACAGAUUAUGUUUUAACACAUCUUGGAGAAUGA